AUGGUACAGAAACGCAAAGCUACGACUGAGUUUCGGCGGCAGUCUAAAAGACUGCAAGCAUCAGGGCCGGACGAAUCGGUUGCCUCUUACUGCCUAAGCGAUAACAGCUAUGGACAUCGAAGCCAGUCGAAGACUCCCAUUACGCCUUUCUCGCCGACGGGAUCGUCAAAGUACCCUUCGGACCUCAAAACGCACGUCUGCCCGUAUGACAACUGCGACAAGGCGUUCAACCGGCCGGCCCGGUUGGCAGAGCACAUACGGUCGCAUACAAACGAGCGGAUAUUCCACUGCGAGUACGAUGGCUGCAACAAGUCCUUUCUCCGAGCUUCGCACCUUAAUCACCAUGUCAAGAGUGCACACACCAUGGUUCGAGACUACGUAUGUGACAAAGAAGGGUGUGGGAAGACAUUCGUGACGGGAUCCCGAUUACGAAGACACCUAGCGGCCCACGAAGGACGGGACAAAUAUCGCUGUGUGGAGUAUCCGCCGUGCAACGAGACAUUCAGAAAGCACACUACGCUUCAGAAACAUGUGAUGAUGGUUCAUCUAAACCAGAAACCUUUUCCCUGCCCGCAUAUCGAUCCUGCCACCGGGGAAAAGUGCCAGCAGGGCUUCGACACCGCGGGUCAUCUCCGAGCGCAUGAGGGCAGGAUCCACGGCGGUGCGCGGUUUACCUGCACGGAGUGUUCAAACUCCACCGGUUCUACAAACAAUGGGGACUCGCCUGCACGAGUCGAAGCAACGUUCCACACGUACGCCCUGCUGCAGGCUCAUUUGAGAUCGGCUCAUCCGCCAACGUGUCCGGAAUGUUCACUUACCUGCUCCUCUUCGAGGGAAUUGCGUCGCCAUCUGGAGAUAGCGCACGGGAACGUCUCGCUGGACGAGAGGCGCACCCAUCCGUGUAGUUAUCCGGGUUGCGGGCGCAGUUUCACCAAGAAAGGAAACUUGAACGUCCACAUAAAGACGGUUCAUGAAGGCGAGAAGCGGUUUAUCUGCGGCGAGACGGACCUGUCGACCUCCAAGAAAGUAGACGGCUGGAUGAGCCAGGACGGCUGCGGGAAGCGAUACGGCAGCAAGCUCGCGCUCGAAGAGCACGUUCGGACGGCGCAUCUGGGGCUGAAGAACGCCAAGGCGGCGCGGCGGGAGCAGCUGGGCCUGACGUCACAGGCGAAGGACAAGACCCUGACGCUGUCGAAGCUGGCGAUGCUGACCGGCGAAGGCUACGCCGAAGAAUCGGGCCGGCACAUCCCGUGCCUGAUCGAGCAGUGCCAGCAUCUCUUCCGGCGUGACUACGACCUCUGGGUGCACAUGGGGUCGAAGCACAGGCUCGAGGAGAACGACAUCCAGAUCCUGUUCAUGCGGCGGGCCAUGCACGGCGGCGAUCAUAGCUUUGAUCUUGACCUUGAUGCUCUGCAGCUUGGUUUUCCGGCGCCACAGGAGUCUGGGGCGGCGACGAGCCAAGCUUGCCGAGAACAACAGAACCUCAUGAUCGGCGAGGAUUUCUUGAUGCCGGAUGCGAACGGGAAUGAGGAGGACCAGUCGUCUCCCGGGAUGGAAUGUAGCGGUCAAAAGAUGAUGGCGGGUUACGAUGGGGAUGAUGGCUUGGAGGCUAUUGACCCUCUGCUGACGCUGACCACGACGGGGCAGUAG